CUAGAAUGUGCCGCUUGGUUGCCGUGGUAACCGUUGAUUAUUGUCACCUGCUGAAGAUUCCACAGAACCAACUUACCAAAGAACGGAGGCGCUAUGGGGCUCAUACUGACCAGGGCGGCCCAGUGGACCAGCUCCAAUAAACUGGAGUCCACUCCACUGAACGAGUAUUUAGUGACGCAAAUCCUGAACUACGCGGAGAAAUUUGUUUCCAGGCACCCGCAGGAGGCAGAGCAUGUGUUUGAUGAGCCGCUUCAGUGGAACACUUCUUUAGUGAAAUAUGAUUUCAAAGACGACUAUAUCAUCAGUGCUAUAGGUGUAAAGUCCCUUGAAAAAGACAGUGAGGGGAAGCCACUGUUGCAGUUCUUUCCACCUUCUAUUUCUGUUCGUACCUUCAGCCAGCUCUCUAAACUGCUGCAUCUGGCAGAUGACAGGAAGCGUCAUGAGGUCCAAGCGUGUCUACAAGAAAAUAGAGACCUCAUGGGUAAGAUUGUUGGUCAGAGUCUCGCCAACACAUCAGAGGAAGACCUCUCGGCUCUGGAGUUAGACAUCAGAGUCAAGCUAUUUAUCCUGCUCAGAAACACUGAUGAAAAGAUCCUCAACAAGUUUGUUGGAGAAAUAUCAAAACAAGUCAAGCUUUUACCCACCGCAGUGGAGGAGGAAGUGGGGUUCUUGAGACAAUACUGCACUGAAGGGGGGAAGAGGCUGCUGAAGUCAGUGAGAUACACAUCAGACUAUGAAUUUCCAAACGGCUGUCGCGCUCCACCUUGGAGACAACUGCUUGGUGAGAUUUGUUACGUUGUUAUUGAGCCAUGUGACGCUGAGGCCCUGUAUAUCACCUGCAGCUCUGCUGGAGUCUUUCUUAAUAUGGGGUUGGACAAAGAAGACGACGAAAGUCUCUAUGAGAGACAAAGUGAUUAUUAUGAAGACAUAGCGACACUUCUAAAGAGGGUAUCUCCACAUUUUGGAGAGAACGUGAAAAAACAGUAUUUUGUAGAACAGAAACCUCGUAGGAGUAUUCAUCUUGCACACGUGGUUUAUGAAAUAGAACAAGCCCAACCUAAAACACCUGAAGAACGAGAGUGGGAGAAUCUACAGCGAGCUCUGUACGGCAGGAAGAAACGUGAACCAUGUCAGAGAUGGAGGAAUCUUGGUGUGCUGACUAUAUGUGGUGCAACAGAGGAAGAGGAGCUCUUGAUCAGCUCUGCAGAGAGGAAACGACUGGGAUCCAAAACCAAGACCAUGAUGAAGGGUGGACUCACAGCAGCAUCUUCAAUUGGACUCACAGCUUCCCAGAGAAGGAGAAGCAUAGUAGCAUCCUUCACAGAGGAGCAUUUCAGCGGGAGCUCCAGUGAAAGUGAGGAGGAAGAGGAGCAGACAGAGAGACGUCCUGACACCAGCACUGAAUUGCAAUCUGAAUACUGGCAGGUCCAGAAACUCGUGAAGUACCUUAAGGCAGCAGACCAGACAGCCACUGUGCUUGUUCUCUGCGCCAUGAUGGAUCUUGAUCUAAUGAAAGAGGUCAUCCAAUUGGCCAUUCUGGACUUAGGUGGACUGGAGCUCCUCCUUAACUUACUGGAUACUACAGACAUCAGAAGCAAAAUUGGAUCUUUAAAAAUCCUGGCAAAGAUCAGCCAGAAUGUUAUCAUCCGACAGACCAUUGUAAACAUGAGAGGCCUACAGAGGAUGGUGAACAACCUGGACAUACCGGUGAAGGAGCUGCAGGCCUUGGCCUCUGAGACCAUUGCACAUGUGGCAAAGUUCAGAAGAGCAAGAAGAACGGUGAGGGUACAUGGAGGAAUCAGGAAACUGGUGAAGCUGCUGGAUUGCUUCCCUUACUCGGCAAAACCAGAAGACAUAGAGAUGAAUUUGGAGGUGGCCCGCUGUGGAGCCUCAGCUCUUUGGAGCCUCAGCAAAAGUGGCAAGAACAAAGAGGCCAUCCGUAAAGCUGGGGGGAUCCCUCUGCUGGGAUUCCUGCUCAGGUCUCCAUAUGAGGACAUGGUGAUCCCUGUUGUGGGAACCCUGCAGGAAUGUGCUUCACAGAAAAACUACAGGGUUGCUAUUGAAAGUGAAGGGAUGGUGAAGGACUUGGUGAAAAACCUGAGAAGUGAAAGUGAGGAGCUCCAGAUGCUUUGUGCCAGUGCAAUAUUUAAGUGUGCAGAGGACAAACUGACCCGGGAUCUGGUCCGCCGCCACCAAGGCCUGCAGCCUCUGGUGUCACUGCUCUCUAAAGCAGAAAACAAGCAGCUCCUGGCUGCUGCCACCGGGGCCAUUUGGAAGUGUUCAAUCAGCAUGGASAACGUAGCUAUACUGCAGGACGCCGGGGAAAUGGUUCUCUUCCUGAUCGGUGGACUGAAGCUGAUCAUUCAGUUACUGAAGUCACAAAGCAACGAGGUGCUGACGAGCAUUUGUGCCGUCAUCGCUAAACUAGCCAAAGACAAGGAGAUCCUGGGCGUCCUCUCUGAUCGCGGAGCUGUCCCACUGCUGGCUGGGUUGACUAGCACAACUGAUGUCAGACUUCGCUGCCACCUGGCUGAUGCCAUCGGCCACUGCUGCACAUGGAGCUCCAAUAGGGCAUGCUUUGGUGAACAUAAAGCCGUUGGCCCUAUGGUUCAUUACCUGGAGUCGAACGACAGUUCACUCCUCCUUAACACAACCAUGGCCCUGUACCAACUGUCCAAAGACCCCAACAACAUCAUCACCAUGCAUAAGGAAGGAGUCGUCCAGCCACUGAUUGAGCUCAUAGCUUCUGGUACCGACGAGAUCCAGGAGUUUGCUGCUGGAUGUAUACGCAACAUCCGUCUGCUGGUGUUGGCCAAUCAGAGGGCUGUUUAUUGAAAUGAGAACCGCUGAUCUCAGCUGAAGCCCUGGAAAUGCGCCAGUGAGUGUAGGAAAGGUAUGAGGGUGGUGAGCAGGACCUGAUGAGUCCAGAUAGCCCAAAUGUCGGGAAUCAACAAUGAGAAGGUGGAAAUGAUGCAGAUAAAUUUAAUAAAGUAAAUGACUUUCUGAAAGAAUUA